AAAUUAUAGGAACACGUGUCGUUAUCAACUACCACAAUUACAAUAUUCUGUAAAUAUGUCCCCUUCAAUGGAAAUAAAUUGUUCAUGUACGUGAAAUGUUAUAUAAUUAUCUCAUGAGUGAUUUUUUAAUAUUCAAUUAUAUAAGUAUAUUGCAACUGCCAAUCGACAUCUGAAGAAACCAGUUACAGGACGCUUCAACAAUGACAGAUCCGUCGACGGUACCCAGCAUCAAAUUCUACAAUGGAUAUUCUAUGCCUAUGUUUGGUUUGGGCACUUAUUUGGGAAAUGAAGAAGAACUAGAACAAGCCAUCAAAGAUGCGAUUGACGCAGGAUAUCGGCAUAUCGACACUGCUUUCUUCUACGGGAAUGAAAAAGCUGCAGGCAGAGGAAUUCGUGCUAAGAUUGAAGAUGGUACUAUCAAACGGGAGGAUAUAUUUGUUACCACGAAGCUGUGGAACAAUUUUCAUAAGGAGGAACGAGUUGUACCCGCCUGUCGCAAAUCAGUCGAAAAUCUAGGACUAGAUUAUGUGGAUCUUUAUUUGAUGCAUUGGCCAUUUGCUUAUCAGGAUGGGGAUGAUUUGACGCCGACUGAUGAAACCGGUAAAUUGAUAUUAGCAGACAUAGAUUAUCUGGAAACUUGGAGAGGAAUGGAAGAAUGUCAGCGUUUAGGUUUAACGAAAAGUAUUGGAAUUAGUAAUUUUAAUUCGGAGCAGAUAACACGAUUACUAUCCGUGGCUAAAAUCAAACCUGUUAAUAAUCAGAUUGAGGUCAACUUAAAUCUGCCGCAAAAGAGGCUCAUUGAAUUUUGUAAAAAACAUGACAUUACAGUUACUGGUUUUUCACCAUUGGCAAGACCAGGUAACAGAAGUGGAGUGAAGAUUGAUUUGGGAAAUGAAAAAGUUUUGGGACUCGCUAAGAAAUACAAUAAAACGCCUCAACAGAUUGCCUUGAGAUUUGUUUUUCAAUGUGGUGCCGCUGUAAUUCCAAAAUCCGUCACGAAAUCUCGUAUAGUGCAGAAUAUUCAAAUUUUUGAUUUCGAGCUGACUGCCGAAGAAAUGUCUGACCUCGAUAGCAAAGCUACUGGCGAACGUGUUUCACCAAUGAAACAAACGGAAGGAGCCAAAUACUACCCAUUCUCUAUUCCAUUCUAAAACACGUGAGGAAUGUAACUAAAUAUAAUAAUUAAUUGAGCGAAAAAGGAAGUUAUAUUAAUACAGGCGAAAAUAUAAGAUGUUAUUUAUCAUAGAAUAAAUUGUAAAUAAAUACAUAACUUGAGGCUUUACUUUUGGAAUAUUCUAGAUAUAUUGAAAUAUAAUAAAAAUAUUCACGCUUGAAUCAAAUAUCAAAUAGUAGGUCAUAGCUAUUAAAUUGUAGCAAUGGUCAAGAAUUUCUGGACCAGAUCUCACUAGUCAAUAGUAAACCGCAUCCUCUUUGAACAAAUGCCGUCCCACGCCAGCACCCGGGGCGUGCUGGUCCCUUAACUACUCAAUUAUGCGUUGAUUUAACGAAUGGAAAAUUUUAAAACUUCUCUUCAAAUACCAUUGACACAUACCGGGUGGUCAUAAAUUUGGUUUACUUAAAAAUGCAAAAUUUAUUCUAAGACUUUUUUAAGAUAAUAUGUGAUACAGUAACAUUAAGCUUUCUAUUGUAUUGUCAUUGAUUAAAUGUAAUUAGAAUUGAUCUGAAACUUGAUGUAAGUUGUUAAAAAUAUUAUAUACAUUAUUAUAAAAUCCUAA